ACAGAACCCCUGGUCCCCUAACCAAAAAACCUCGCUGGUGAUAGCUGCGGUGUACGCGUGCACUUCGCUUCUCUUUCCUUUUUUCGUUUAAUUAUAUUCUCACCAUAAGCCAAUCCAUGUUCAUGAGGCACGAAUCGAUACUUAACGUCCUUCUAUCCCUCCAUGGACUUCCUAUCCAAUUCCUCAUGGACCACUAACCCCUUAAUUGCUCUUCUAAUAGUACUCCUAUCAACCGUGAUAAUGGGCGCCUUCUUAAGCAAAAACCAAUUUCCCGUCGAGGGCAAGACCAUCCUCAUAACCGGUGCCUCAGAAGGCAUGGGCCUAAGCGCAGCCCGUCAACUCUCCUCCAAAGGCGCCAACAUAAUCCUAGUAUCCCGCGAUUCCACCAAACUCGCCAAAGCCCAAGCCCUCGUCGAAUCCGCCGCCCUCCACCCCCAGACCCAACGCUUCACCUACUUUACAGCCGACGUAUCCCAACCCGACUACGCCGCCCCCCUCCUCUCCAAAGCCGUAUCCUGGAACAACGGACAGGCUCUCGAUGUAGUAUGGUGCGUAGCCGGCACCUCGACGCCGGAUUUCUGGUUCGAGGUACCACUACAGCGCACGCGUGCGCAGAUGGAUAUUAAUUUCUGGGGCGGGGCCGAGAUGGCGCAUGCUAUACUCCGGCUCUGGUGCGCGCCGGAUGCUCCCGUACUACCUGAGGCGAAACACUUGGUCCUCACAUCUUCGGCACUGGCACUUUUCCCCGUGAUUGGAUAUGGACCCUACACACCGGCCAAGAGCGCGCUGCGCGGGUUGGCGGAUACGUUGUCCCAGGAAUUGCUGGUUUACCCGCAGAAUGUGAAGGUGCAUGUUGUGUACCCUGCAUCAAUUGGAAGUCCGGGCUUCGAUCGCGAGAAUAGGACGAAACCGGCUGUGACGAAGUUGAUUGAGGAAGGUGAUCCCGUGCAGACUCCUGAUGUUGUAGCUUCGGGUGCGAUUCGAGGGCUUGAGAGGGGACAGUAUUUCAUCACGACGGCACUCUUCGCGCAUAUCUUCCACUGGGGCUCGUUGGGUGGUUCGAUAAGGAACAACUGGUUAGUUGACACGAUUAUGGCCUGCCUUAUCCCGAUAGUGUGGAUAUUUGCGUUGCCGGAUAUAUUAUCGAAGAUCAAGAAGUACGGCAAGACGCAUGGACAUCCCUCUUUGUAUCGGGAAAAGGACAUAGAGGAAUUCGAAAAGAAACAGAAGAGCAACGCGUAGUCACCGAGGGAAAUUUACCCUAUUGCUUAUCGAACUUCUUAAGUUCACCAAGGAGGUGUGCUUAGGCUUCAUAAGGAGCCAGAAUGAGGAGUAAGGUUAAUAAUAGUAGCUGGUAUCACGUAUUAGCUCGUCUAAUCACCCGAUAUUCAGAGAGGGGAGGAUCGUGUGCGAUUCAUGAACGACUCGACAAAAUAAACAAAUAUCCAAUAUAAACUUAGUUGAGAUUACUCAAAAGUCAAUACCCUAAUUAAAAAACAAAUAUAAAGUAUAAGAAUUGAGAAUAUACCAAUAGUCGCGUGGGCACAUCAGAACUAAUGGCUUAUAUGAGAAGUCAUCAGGAAGUGAGAGUGCUAGAAUCUCUAAAUUCAACGAGGUUGACAUCAUGUGUUGAUUCAGGGUAAACAAUGGUUUCCUACCAAACUCAACUGCCUACGAUGCGGCGGUUGUGGGCAUGGAUGAAUCUUACCAAGUGUCUCAUCAGAUUCAAAAUAGGUCAUAUACUUAGAUAUGCCCUUUACUAUGCGAGAGUACAUGGGGCGAGGUUAGAGUAGGAUGAGCGGUAGACGAACC